AGAAAAAUAAAAAGUGAAAAGUGUUCUGUGAAAGUGACAGAUUAAGUAACAUUGGCCAAUUUAGGUUAACUUUUUGAAAUACAACUAAAAUGCUUAAAAGGUAACUUAAAAGUAAAUAAAAUGGACCCAGGAGCUUUACGAAAUUUCAGAGAUUUUCUCCAACUUUACAAUCAGAUGACAGAAAUGUGUUUCAAAAGAUGUAUCAAUAAUGUCAACACUAGAGAUUUGGAUCAAGAUGAAAUAGAAUGUAUUGAAGACUGUUCAUCGAAAUUUAUUAAAUAUAAUAACAAAUUAAUGCAAAAUUUCGUGGUGGCCCAAACAGAUAUUGUAAAUAAAAGGGUAGCGGAUGCUGAAAAGCUCCAGCAAGAAAGUCAGAUAGAAAACUUAGAGCAGGCGGUUUCUAGUUAAUAUCUUUUUAAAGAAUAAUAGUGGUGGUGUUAACCAUUUUUACACUGAAAUAGUUUUUUUGUACAAAUUAUAAUAAUGUACAUAAGAUUGACUUAUGCAUUUAUUGGCUUAGGACCGAUUCCACCCUUGUGUUAAAUGACAUUUUUACAUUAACAAUGUCAUUUUAAUCUUCGUUUAACACAACGGUGGAAUCGGCCCUUAGAAUGUUAACUGAUGUAUGUUUAAUUAUAUAUUGAUUUUUAAAGUGCAAAACAAAACUGAUCAUGUACAUUAACUUUUGUAUUGUAGUUUAGCAAAUAUACAUUAUUU